AUGGACGUCAAGAUUGGACAGACGGUCGAGUCCAAGGACGGUAAACAGGGCAUUGUUCGAUAUGCCGGCACGCUUGAGAUCGCGUCAGGCUCCUGGCUCGGUCUCGAGUUACCGGAUAGGUCAGGGAAGAACGAUGGAUCCGUACAAGGCAAAAGAUAUUUCUCCUGCCAACAGGGCUACGGCAUCUUCAUCCGAAAGGAGUCAGUGGUGAGGAUCGUCAAGCAGGCUCCCUCUGUGCCCCGGACCAAUGGCACUGCUGUCGCAAGUAGUGGUGCUGCCAAAGCCCGACAGUCGACAAUCGGCGCGGGCGCUGAUGCUGCCCGCAAGAGACAAAGCAUGAUGAGCACUGGGUCGUCAACAGCCGGAUCCAGGCUAUCACUUAGGUCGCCGACAAAGUCCCCCACGAAAGGCAUGUCUUCCGCCAGCUCCACCGCUUCGACCCCUCGAACAGGCACACCCGCAACAACCGCGAGGACCUCCGAUUCCAGUACAAAGUCAAGAUUAAGCACCACAGGUAGGACAUCGAUGGCCCCUCCACCGGCACCCAAGAAGACUACACCGGCGACACGGCAAUCAAUGAGUGGUGGUAUUGGUCGAAGUGCUGCCAGUCCAGCCUCAAAGUCCAGCGCUGGCUCGAGAGCGUCCCUUGGAACAUCGCGGCUAUCUCUGCAGCCAAGAGUAGCCCCUGAAGCCACCUCUCACCCUUCUCGUACACGGGCUGCAGACGAAGAUUCGCACCCCCGCUCACCGACCAUUGAUGAGGACGAAGAGGAUGAAGGCCCCGGUGCUGAAAGCAUAGAUCACGUUUUACAGCAGCAGUCGCCCCAAGAAGACGUACCACAGCCUCCACCAGAGCCUGCGCCAUCAGAAACGACGAGAUCGCGCACGACAUCGAUCUCAAGAGCAAAUCACACUGCGGAAAACCGAGCCGCCGAUAAAAAGGAAGUCGAGCAGUUGAAGGCUAAGUUGAGGACGAUAGAAAAGAAAGCUGCCGAAGAUCGAGAGAAGCUACAGAAGUUCGACACCCUGCAAAAUGACAAGGAUCGCUAUGAGACUAUCAUUCAAACGCUUCAGAAGAAGCUCAAAACAAAUCAGCAAACCAUGUCCGAUUUGCGAGCACUGAAAGAUGAAGCUGAGCAGAAGGCCGCCCAGGUACCACCACCAACUAGCGGCGAGAUUGAAUCCGAGCUGGAACUCGCCAACUUGGACAGGGAAAUGGCAGAGGAGCGAGCGGAACUUGCACAAGCUGAGCUUGACAUGCUCAAGUCAAAGCACGAGGAGCUCGAACUAGAGCUGGAAAUUCUGCGCGAAGAAAACCGCGAGCUCGGAUCAAGCAUGAGCCAAGAGGAACUUUCUAGUGCCGGAUGGUUGCAGAAAGAGCGCGAGGUCGAAAGGCUACGGCAAGCGCUUGGCCUUCUUCGGGAUCAUUCAAAGGAGACCGAAAGCGAGCUGCACAGCCAAAUUAGAGAGUUGCAGGAUACCGUUGAUGAGACCGAGAAGAUGGCUGCAUUGUACGAACAAACUGCACAAAAGCUGGCCCAGCUCGACAGUACCAACAAGCACCUGAUGGAGCAGCUUGAAGAUGCUGAGACCAACGACGAGGUAGUCGUGGCCAUGGAAGCGCAACGCGAGCAGGCGGCCGCUACCAUUGAGCAGCUGAAGAAGCAGAUCCAGGAGUUCGAAGAACACAUCCAAGUUACGGACGAACUUGAAAGAUUCCAUAUCGAUGAAGAGAGACAGCUUCACUACGACCUCGAUGAGUCGGAGGCUCAGCUCAAUGAGAAGCAUCGACAAGUCCUAGAGCAGGAAAAGGCUAUCGAGGAUCUCGAAUUCACGCUCAGCAAAUUCAGAGAGGUGGUGUCGGGACUACAGGGUGAUAUCGAUGAGCUCCGGAGAUCGAGAGACCUCAAUGAGACGCAGGCAAACGAAAUGAACGUCAAAUCCCGCGCAAUGAUGGAUCUCAAUCUGCAACUACAGAACUCCGCGGCCAAGACGCAACUCAAGACCAUUGACUACGAGAUGCGGGAUAUGCAAGCCGAGCAAGCCAGGAGUCAUCUCGAGAUUGUGCAGCUAUUCGUCCCAGAGAGUUUCGACCAGGAUAGAAAUCCGGUGCUCGCGUUACUGGCCCUAAAGCGCAUCAAGUCCAAGGCAAUGCUUGUGAAGAGUAUCCUAGGCGACAGGAUGCGCGACCGUCCGCACCUGGCUCAAGACGAUCCCUUUUCGGUGUUUGAGGUUAUGGAAAAGAUGGACCGCAUAGCCGCUUGCUGUGCGCGGUUCAUUGACUUCAUCAACACUUGCAGUACUGAAGAGUUUACUCGACUCAGUGGCGCUGUAUAUGAGCUUGAGCCGGUCGAACGCUCCGUCAGUGUCUGGGUCGAUGCGCUCCGGCGCGACGAACUGGGCACCGAAUCUGCUGAGACACUGCAGCGCAUGAUUGGCAUUCUCCUUGACAUGUCUGAGAAGCUCAUCUCUGAAAGCACCGAAUCCAAAGCCACUGAGCUCGUCUCGCAAUGUAGUCUCGCAGAAAGAUACGCCGACAUCACGGCUCUGCAACUCACAGCUCUGCUUAAGGCAGUCCAAUUACGGCUUGGCGAGCCAAAGGAGGAUGAUGAGGAGGCUUUGGCGUUCGACAAGAAACUUGAUGCCGCUGCCACCAAGGCCAGAACUGUCAAGUAUCUUGCUUCGAAAGUGACUGCCGCCUUAGCUGACCUCCGCGCCAACGCUAUGUGCUUAGGCGAAACGGCCUGGGUUUUCUUCGAAGACACCGAGCGCGCUGCUGAGCAGCUCUCCGCGUUCGUCCGUGAGGUUGGAAAAGUUGUUAUUGACGAGCUCAACAAGUUCGACUCCGAGCAAUCGCCCAGUUACGCCUCCAUGGCCGACCUCAUGAGCGCCAAAGCUACUACACUUGCGGUACAGCCUGAAGCGAAGGCCUCCUCACCUGACGACAUCUUCAACAUGCUUACGCAAUCUCUCUCGUCCCUGCAGUCCCGUAUCGACGAUCUCUCACACAAGUCAGCUGAUGUCUCCUCCGCUGUCGAGUUCGAGUCUUCCCUCAUCGCGCCGUGGGCCGCCCGCGCCAAAGCCCUCAAGGCCCAAAAACUCCUGUCACAAGAUACCGCAGAGGAGCUUCAACGUGUCAAAGCUCGCUCCGAAGGCCAAGCUCGCGACCUUACCGAGAAAAGCAAGGAGGCGGAGGAGCUGAGGAUCCGCGUUGAGGUUCUGGAGUCACGGCAGAAAGAGAGCAAGGCCAAAGACUCGGAGGUUCGCGCGCUCAAAGAUGACGCGGACCGCAUAGCCCGCGAGAAGGCCAGUCUGAUCGACGAGCUCGAGAGGACGAAGAGCGACAUGGAAGAAACACUGGCUAAGCGUGAGAAGGAGCGCGAAGAACUGCAAGCUCUCAAGUCUGCGGCGUUAGCCAAUGGCGGUGCUGCCGCUACGCAGGUCGUAAGCUCACUAGGCGAAGCAGGCGAGUCCGGUGGUGCGCUACGUGCCGAGAUCGACGCACUCCAGGUUGAGAUUCUUUCACUGCAGUCUGCGGUGCGCUACCUGCGCGCUGAGAACAGUGCGCUGAAGGUGCCGGUUGGCGAAGUCGCGCUGCGAGCCGAACGCAAUUCCUGGCUCAGUGCGGACCAUCUCAAGUCGAAGAGGGCGCUGAAUCAAGCUCAAGAGAGGAAAGAGCGUGUGCGCAAGGAGGGCAAGGACGUGUUGGAGGGGCUUAUCGAGUUGGCGGCAGGUGCGAAGGGGGUGAAGCUGAAGAUAAGAGAGAGGGGGACGAUAGGGGGCGAUGGCUGGCAGAGGAUGGAAAGUACCACACGAUGGCACGUCGCCAGGCAGCGUGAGAUGGUGGAGCAGUGGAAGGGUGAAGUCGACGAGGUUAUCAGGAGGUCGAAGCUGGAUGUGAGAUCUACGACAAAUGCUGGCGGUGCAAGGAUUAGGGGGAAGUACGCCCUGCCGGAUCUGCCUGAGGGGAAAGGUGGGUUGGUGGAUGGCAAUAGAAGAGUUGGGAUCGUGGGUGAGGAUGGUGUUGACGGGCGAGCAUGA